AUGCAAAGCGACUACUUUGGUGCGGCCGCGGAGCCAGAGAACGGUCGGGUUCGCUCUCGCCCACACUCACCCAUUCCAUCAGGGCCGGCACGCAAGAUCCAGAAGCGCAACUCGACUGCAUCCAAUGCUUCCAACGAAGACCGCAAGCACGACAACGACGAUGACGCCGCUGCCGCUGCCGCUGAUGUUUCCACUGAUGUCGCCGGUGGCCCCGUGCCUAGCGGUCCUCCUUUUAUUUGCCCCACCUGCUCCACCAGCUACUCUCGACUUGAGUAUCUCAGACGUCACGAGAGAAGGCAUGCCGACAUCCGUCCUUUCGUCUGCGAUUGCGGAAAGGGUUUCUCGCGAAGCGACGUCCUCUCUCGCCAUAAGCGACAAUGCCGUGUCGUAUUGCACCUCGACGGCUCUGUCGAAACCGAAAAACCCGCAGAGGGAGAAGCCCCACCCAAGGUCUCCAAGCCCCGACGAUCCUCCACCGCUGCCAAACCAGGUAGGCCAAAAGGCUCCACCAAAGCCGCCAAGGCGGCCGCUGCCGCCGCCACCAAUGGUGCCAAUGGUAACCCCGAUACGGCUGCUGCAGAUGGUGCCCCAAAUUUGAGCGUAUUCUGCUCCGAGAGUAUCAACGGCCCCACACCACCUCCGCCUGCUCCUCAGUCGGACCAACUCACACAUGAUGCCAUCGCUGUCGCAGCUGCCGCCGCUGCUGCCGCGGCAGCAGCAGCAGGUCACCAUCACGCUACCGCUCAAGAACAACCCGAAGAUGCUUCCGCCAUGAUUGAUCCUGCCAUCGCCGCCGAUUCGCAGGCUCAGGCCGCUGCGGCAGCAACCACCGUGGCUGCCAUCAGCUCGGUGGCGGCAUACCAAUAUGCCAACUCCAUGGACCCUCCGGAUUUUCAUAUGGGGAGGGGAGCAGUUAACCCGUACGCUUCGACUCCCUUCCCGCUUCCCGUUCACUCGGCAGUAGCUGCGCUCCAUCCUCAGCUCCACCAACCCUCCAGCCCCGAGUCGAGCCAGUCCAGAAGCGAGCACGGCAGCCCACGCUACGGUGGUCAAUCCCUUACACGCCACAGCAGCAAUUCCGGAUCCCGCUUUAGCUUGAGUAGACAGGCGGCCGGCUACGAUCCGUAUACAGCCCGGCAAGCCUCGGCGUUUGCGAAUCCUACCGACGCUGCCAUAUGGGAAGGUCUGGAUACUGCCAAGCUGCCCUCGCCCGGCCAUGCUGCUGCAACCACUCCUGGCUCAGUAGCGCGUGCCACUGCCAGCAUGCUCGCGUCGCUUGGCUUCUCCGUCACUUCGCCCAUGGGCCACCUCGGCGAUCGCUCGCGCACCGGAUCACAUUUGGGAUCUGACGCCAGCUACUUUCGCUCCGUCGCUCCGGGUAUCUCUGGAGGCGCAGGUGCCGUAUAUGGCUCCAAUAGCUCCAAUAGCCCAGCGUUUUCCUUUGGCACCUCGACGUCCUCGGCUGAUACUGGAACCUCGUCGUCAAGUCACUCGACUUCCCAUGCCACCGCUGCCACCAGCAUGUCGCAGGGUCAAGAGGCUUCGGGACCCACAACACCCAAGGAACCUGUGCGCUUCUCUGUGUCAACGCUCGGACCGCUCUCGCCCUUCUCCAACACUGCGCUCAAUUCGUCUAUGUCGCCAUAUCUCUCCGCCUUCUCCAAUGCACGUGACACGCCGCUCGUUUCGAGUCCGCGAUCGCAGUUGCCCACCACGCCAGGCGGAGGGCUGGCUUCACUGGAUCUGGGCGGCCAAUGGACCGGCAUGCGUCCACCUUCCCGCUCGGUGAGCCGACACAACAGCUUGCAAGGCAUCAACAUUUCGGGGCACAGUCAGAGCACCUCGCCUCAGUCGGACGGCAUCGCUGCGUCGAGUAAGCUCGCAAAGAGUUCGUCGCACGAAAGGUUCAGCCUUUCCGACAGAACCGCGGCCGCGGAUGACAACGAUGCCAAGUCGGCCACAACCAGUACCGCCACGACAUCAGCAGCGACAGUUGCCGAGCAGCAGGCCACGUCAUCGAUGUCCGUGUCCUCUGUUGCGGCCGUGCCUUCGACGAGUGCGGCUGCAAGUGGGGGCAGAGGUGCAAUCACAACGUCGGCACCGAUACAGAUCAGCAACAGCGGCAUCGAUACACCGAGUCGCUUUGUCAAGAACGAGUCGCAGCAGUAUUUUGAUGGAGGGGCUCUCUCGCCAGGACCCGAAGCUUUCCUUUUGAGGCUUCAGGGUGGCGUACAGGAGUUGAGAGCCGGGAUCCACGGAAACGAAAUCUCCUUUUUGAAUAGCCAUGGCUUGCCGCUCAGUUCAGCACCGCUCGGUGCAUCUCAAUUCUCCACCCCUAAUUGGGACCACUCGAUGUUUUCCAACCCGAGCGCCGGCAGCUUUGCUGCAGCGGCAGCUGCAGCUGCAGCUGCGGCGAGCAACAGCAUGCCCAGUGCGCAAUUGAGUGCGCUAGGCUGGCUGAUGAGCCCCAGCAUCCAGCAGCUGCUCAGUGUAUUCUCGACAACGGCGGGAUCGGGCAAGGUGGACACCACUAAUGCCUCUGACUACUUUAACUCGAAAAACGUGACUGCACCCGAAACGGCGGGGCUCGACUUGACCAGUCUCGAGGUGCUGCCCACUCCGCUGGAAAAGGCGCUGACGGACGUAAAGAAUCCCUUUUUCAUUCCGCCAGACAUGUUUCGACCAUGUUACUCGGUGCAGCAUUGGAGUCUGCCGCCGAUCGCACGCCUCAGUGUUCUGGCACUGCAUGCACAGCAGAAUCUGCUCAAGCACUUCCCUGUGAUUCACGAGCCUACGUUCCGGAUUGAUACCACACCCGGCUGCAUUGCUUUUGCCAUGUGCAUGCUUGGAGGGCACGAGGCGGGUCGCAAAUGGUGGGCGGGCGAAGAGGUGAUACCCAAGUCGGCGAUCAACAUCAUCAACAGCCAUGGCGCGUCCGAGUCUGCGAACGGUCUGCAGCGUCUCAUCGACAACACGGGUCCGAGCCGCUUGAUCGACGAAGAGGAUGGGCAAGAGCUGGUCAAGCCGAUCGUGAUGGGCGAAAAGAGCGAGAUGCUAAUGCGCGCGUUUGCGAGCCGAUGCAAGAGCGUCAAGGACAAGUGCUCGGUGGUACAGGCGCUGAUGCUGUUCCAGAGCAACAACUUCCUGAGCAGCGAUGCUACGACACGCAUGGUUGCCGGCGUCUCGCACGGCGCGGUGGUGAAUAUGGCUCGACAGGCGGGGUUCUUUGAUCGCGAUGCCGAGCAUGCUGAACGAGGCAUGUCUUUGACGGCCGAGGAUGUGAUGCAACAGGUGCUGUUUGAGUCGGUGGAAAUGUGCUUCUCGUAUCCUUUCUUCCCUUCUUAUGGCGCCGAGAAGGACGACUCGGAGAAAAUAUGGCGACGAUGGGCCGAGCUCGAAGGGCGCAGAAGAAGCGCGUUUGUCAUCUACAUGGUGGAUACGGUUGCGCACUUGGACGCAGCUGUACCGACGCUGCUCUCCACCAAGGAGCUAGCGCAUCUGCCGCUGCCGAUGCCGGAUCACGUUUGGCGAGCACCUACUGCAUCGAGCUGGAGCACGGCGCUCAAGACGCACAAGUGUCUAACGUUGGAUGAAGCCCUGCAAGAGCUGCUUUCGUCCGAGGCGAAUGCGUCUCCUCUUCAAGAGUUGCUGGACUCGCCAUCGCUGUAUGGCUCGCAUGGACCUUUUGCGCGUCUGGCGAUGGUAUUGGCGCUGCUGCGUGGCAUCAUAGAGAUGCUCGAAGGUCGAGCGAUGAGAGUGGCCAAACCAUCAUCUCUAAGCCAGUGGAUGAGGUUGGGCGACCUACAGAGCGAUGGUAACUCGGUACCAGCCAACGAAGCGCAGGUGACGCUGUUUAAGAAAGCACUUUCGCGCUGGCGGAAGGCAUGGGACCAAGAUCCGACGUGCCGGUUUGCAUCGGCCAAAAAGUCGACGAGCGGGAAUGGAAUGGAUUCUAUCGACGAUGGCAACGUACACUGGGCCAACGUGGCAACCGCUACGGAAGGCAAACAUGAAUGGCCCAAAGAGCUGCAACAAACCCUGUUUACGCCGCUCACCGCAUCAGGCGCCACACCGCUGUCAAACGACGCGCUGCCGCUGUACUGGCUGGCCCACGUGCUCGUGACGCAUGCCGCUUCGAACCAGCGGCUUCCACUGCGCAGCGUCGAAGGCAGGAUGGGUGCGCCGAGUCGCAAUGGCGGCUAUACCGCAGUGGGCGGUGGACCCGAGAUGCCCGACUUUCGCGCGAUGCUCCGCUUUGCCAAGAACUUUGUCACUCGUGGAGAGAAGUGA